GACGGUGAUCAUCAGCAAUUCAUUUCCCCGGGCACUCCUUAUGUUCAUCAAAACAAUUCGGACGUUGGAGGAUAUGGUGGUUAUGGUGGAUAUGGUAGAUAUGGUGGUGAAGCACCUCCCAUUCUGGACAGUCUGUACUUAAAAAAGACGGUUUUCAACUCCUUAGAUGAACUAAAGAAACGGAUACAAGAAAUAGCAAAUGCGGAUGGUUUCGUUAUUGUCACCCGUCGAUCAAAGAAAAUCGGGGGAAGAACCGGGAGGGUAUGGCUUGAAUGUGAUCGUGGUGGUGAGCAUCAGAGUACAGCAACACUUAGAAAAGCUGGAAGCAAAAAAACCGGUUGCCCGUUUUACCUGCUGGCUGUCCGAAACCACCCGUAUGAAACCUGGGAGAUAAAAGACGGAACAAUUGAACAUAACCACGAACUUUGUGAGGACCUGUCGGCCCACGCGUUUGUGCGAAGGUUUACUCCAAGCGAAAUGAAACUGAUCGAGCAGCUGACAGCUCAAAACAUGGAGCCGCGCAAAAUAUUUCAAACGAUAAGGAAGCAGGACCCCGACAGGUUUCAUGUUCAGAAAGACGUUCAAAACGUUGUAGCGAAGAUUAGAGCCGAACAAAGACAAGGAUUGACUCCCAUGCAGUCACUAGAAAAUGUGCUGAUGAAGAACGACUUUAUUUACGAGAUCCGGGAAGAACCCGGAACAGAGAUCGUAACAGAGAUCUUCUUUCUUCAUCGGGACUCGAGAGUCUUGUGGCGUGCAUUCCCCCACGUCAUGAUGAUCGAUGCAACGUACAAGACAAACAUAUACAAUAUGCCCUUUAUCCAGAUUGUUGGUAUGACGCCUACCAACAAAUCGUUUAUUAUCGCGCAUGCCGUUGUUAGUAAAGAACGGGGUGAUAACUUUGUGUGGGUGCUUGAGAGGGUUAAGGCAAUGUUGGAUGAAUGUAUGGAGCCACGUGUGAUUUUAACGGAUAGAGACCUAGCCCUUAUGGGCGCGUGUGCUAAAGUAUUUCCAGACGCCUCCAGGCUUCUUUGCAGGUGGCACAUACAACAGAAUGUUAUGAAGCACUGCAAGGGUGCCUUCACAGACGACGACUGGAAGACAUUUUUGUCAUUCUGGGGUUCAUUGAUUGAGUCUCCAUCCAUACCCAUCUACGACUACCACUUGCGCAACAUGCGAAAGCGACUUGUGGAGUGCAAACGUUCUAUAUUUAUUAUGGAGGACGAUCUGAUGCCGGGCGGUGACAUUCAGAUAGAGCCGGUUCAGCAGGGUCCACGACGUAGACAGCGGCCGCCUGUGGAUACGCUGCAGGGGCAUCCGUAUCUAGAGUUUCCCGACGGCACUGACGCCGCCCGUCAUUGCCAGAAGCUUAGGAGGAUGCACGUUGGAUCGCAUGCAUCGAUCGAUUGGGAUGCGAUGGAGGAGAUUGCUGAGACGCCGAGAGUGCGUCGGUUUAUACCUAUCGAUUCGCCGUGGCAUCGCUUGCUGGCGUUAUGCGUUCGAUGA